AUGGCCUUUGCCUCCACUACUUCUUCAUAUCCUCCCAAAAGUGCCCAAGAAUCUGGCACAAUUGAAUACACGAAGCUGAUUUCAUCUGAACCAGCCAACAAUUAUGUGGCUAGAAUUCAGGUGAAACACAUUGAGAAAUGUGAGGAAAUAAGGCGAAUUCUGGGUGAACUUGUUGAUGAAGCAUUAGAGUGUAUGAUGAUGGUUGAUGCACUGCAACGCCUUUGCAUCGAUUACCACUUUGAAGAUGAGAUCAAAAUAUUCUUAGACAAGCUGCUGCUUUAUUAUGGAAGCAGCAUUAAAUCUACUGAUGACAAAGUGGAAUUGCAUGAAAUCGCGCUGCAUUUUCGACUGCUGAGGCAAGCUGGUUAUUUUGUUCCUACAAGCGUCUUUGAAAGCUUCAAGGACAAGAAGGGAGAGUUCAAACAAGAAUUGAGUGAAGACAUAAGAGGACUGAUGAGUUUAUAUGAAGCUUCACACCUUGGAAUGGAAGGAGAAGACACACUACUACUUGAUGAAGCCAACUACUUCUCUCACAAACACCUUACUGCUGCUAAGAUGGAAUUAGAAGCUGGACUACUAGCCAGAGUUGUAGAUGAUACCUUAAAGCAUCCCUUUCACAAGAACCUAGCUAGAUUCAAGGCCAGACACUACUACUACGACCUCGUUAGUAGUACUCAUCAUCCUCAUGGCACAUAUGGAUGGGUCAGUCUUGUACAGGAAUUGGCAAGCAUGGAUUUUAACAUGCUUCAAUCCUUAUAUCACCAAGAACUCCUACAGAUUUUUAAGUGGUGGAAAGAGCUGGGUCUAUCACAAGAGUUGAAGUUUGCUAGAGACCAACCACUAAAAUGGUAUUUGUGGUCCAUCACAGCUCUCCCAGAUCCAAAGCACUCCCAGCUAAGAAUGGAGCUCACGAAACCCAUCUCACUUGUCUAUAUAAUUGAUGACAUUUUCGACGUUUAUGGGUCACUCGACGAGCUUAUUCUCUUCACUGAAGCAGUAAACAAAUGGGAGACUACCACCAUUGAGGGAUUGCCAGAAUACAUGAAGAUUUGUUUCAAGGCUCUUGACGACAUCACCAAUGAAAUUAGUGAUAUAGUCCUUAAACAACAUGGGUGGAACCCCAUCGCUACCCUGCGGAAGGCGUGGGGAAGCCUCUGUGAUGCAUUUCUUAUAGAAGCCAAAUGGUUUGCAUCUAAGCUGGUCCCUAAGUCGAAGGAGUACCUGGAGAAUGGAGUGAUAAGCACAGGAGUGCCUCUGGUUUUAGCUCAUUUGUUCUUUCUACUGGGCCAAGGUCUAACCCAGGAGAGUGUACUAUAUUGUGUGGAACACAAUCCACCACUCAUAUCUUCCACAGCAACAAUUCUUCGUCUAUGGGAUGACUUGGGAAGUGCCAAGGAUGAGAAGCAAGAGGGACACGACGGGUCAUAUAUAGAAUGUUAUAUGAAGGAACAGGAGGAGGAGGAGGAGGAGGGGGGUUCUUCAAUAGAAAGUGCAAAAGAUCAUGUGUUUGGAAUGAUUUCAGAUUCUUGGAAACAACUCAAUAGGGAAUGUCUUUCAAAAAACCAUUUCUCACCCACCUUCAAAAGGGCUUCACUUAACAUUGCGAGGAUUGUCCCUCUGAUGUACAGUUACAACGACAACCAAAACCUUCCAACCCUAACAGAGUAUAUCAACUCCCUGUUCUACCAAAGUGUUGCUAUCUAAUUAAUUGAAAUCUG